AUGAUGUUUACCGAGAAAAAUAGCACUACAGUCCCUCAGAAGUCUGGGCAGAAGAAGACAAGACCACAGGGUCUUCCGUCUCCAGCUCUUUGUUGUGCCUGUGGCCUCUGUAUCAUGUUGGCAGGGAUUAAUAUCACUCUCGUGGGAGCCUUUGCCUUUGGCACCUUCUUGCCAGUGAACAAUCCUCCCAUCAUUAUUGGGCCCAUUUUGCUGGUGGUUGCUUUUACCUUCUUUGUAGCCUGUUGCAUCUGUAGUCGGAGACCCCCUGCCCAUGGUCAGAGGAAGUCCAAACCUGGAUCCAAUAUUGGUAUCAUCAAGCCCGGUCAUGCUACAUUUGAGAUUGAGACAAGUGAACACACUGUGCAAGACACAACUGCAGUUCAGCUUAGCCCAACAAACUCACCAGUGUCUUCUAAGAAAUCUACCCCAGUACAUGAAAACUCAAAGACAUGUAAGCUCUUUACAAUGGAUGGCAACAACCCUGGAGCUAAGUAUACACCUGGAGCUGAAGCAGUACAGCUGAACUUACCCCAGGACGUGGAUUCAUCCUCAUAG